GCAGUGAAUUCAGGUGAUAUCAACGCAAGCCGGCGAGACCCCUGUCAUUGCACAUCGUAUUUUACUUUUGGGGGCGUUUUGGGGACUUUUAAUACAAUACAACAUUCAUUCCUCUUCGUGUCCCCUUCCCCUUUCCUUUUCUCCGGACAUUUGAAACAUAGAAAGCCUCAAGAAUGGCCCAGAUACUGCCGAUACGAUUUCAGGAACAUCUGCAGCUGCAGAACCUGGGGGUGAACCCGGCUAACAUUGGUUUCAGCUACCUGACCAUGGAGUCUGACAAGUUCAUCUGCAUCCGGGAGAAGGUGGGCGAGCAGAACCAGGUGGUGAUCAUAGACAUGGCCGACCCCAAUAACCCCAGCAGACGUCCCAUCUCUGCUGACAGUGCCAUCAUGAACCCUGCCAGCAAGGUCAUCGCCCUCAAAGCUGCUAAAUGCCUGCAGAUCUUCAACAUUGAGAUGAAGAGUAAGAUGAAGGCUCACACCAUGACCGAGGAAGUCAUGUUCUGGAAGUGGAUCUCUGUCAACACCGUCGCCUUGGUGACUGAAGCGGCCGUCUACCAUUGGAGCAUGGAGGGGGACUCGCAGCCCAUCAAAGUGUUUGAUCGGCACGCUAGUCUGGCCGGAUGCCAGAUCAUAAACUACAGAACAGACGAACAGCAGAAGUGGCUCCUCCUUAUAGGGAUCUCAGCACAGCAAAACCGUGUGGUGGGGGCCAUGCAGCUGUACUCUGUGGACAGGAAGGUGUCUCAGCCCAUCGAAGGCCACGCUGCAGCCUUCGGAGAGUUUAAGGUGGAGGGCAACACCAAAGCCUCCACUCUGUUCUGCUUCGCUGUGCGCAGCCAGGCUGGGGGCAAGCUGCACAUCAUAGAGGUGGGUCAGCCGGCUACAGGGAACCAGCCGUUUACUAAGAAGGCGGUUGACGUAUUCUUCCCUCCUGAGGCUCAGACAGACUUCCCCGUCGCCAUGCAGAUUGGCACCAAGCACGGUGUGAUCUACCUGAUCACUAAGUAUGGCUAUAUCCACCUGUACGACCUGGAGUCAGGAGUGUGUAUCUACAUGAACCGCAUCAGCGCCGAGACCAUCUUCGUCACCGCCCCCCACGAACUCACCUCCGGCAUCAUCGGGGUUAACAAGAAGGGACAGGUGUUGUCAGUGUGUGUGGAGGAGGAGAACAUAGUGAACUAUGCCACCAACGUGCUGCAGAACCCAGACCUGGGCCUGAGGAUGGCCGUGCGUUCUAACCUGGCCGGGGCUGAGGAGCUGUUUGCCAGGAAGUUCAACACACUGUUCGCCCAGGGCUCCUACUCCGAGGCUGCCAAGGUGGCCGCAUCCACACCCAAGGGUAUCCUGCGCACAGCGGAGACCAUCCGUAAGUUCCAGAGCGUGCCAGCCCAGCCGGGCCAGGCCUCUCCCCUGCUGCAGUACUUUGGCAUCCUGCUGGACCAGGGCCAGCUCAACAAGUUUGAGUCUCUGGAGCUGUGCAGGCCCGUGCUACAGCAAGGACGCAAGCAGCUGCUGGAGAAGUGGCUGAAAGAGGACAAGCUGGAGUGUUGUGAGGAGCUUGGUGACCUGGUUAAGGCAGUAGAUCCUACGCUAGCCCUCAGUGUCUACCUCAGGGCCAACGUACCCAGCAAAGUGAUCCAGUGCUUUGCUGAGACCGGACAGUUCCAGAAGAUAGUGCUCUACGCCAAAAAGGUGGGCUACUCUCCAGACUGGGUGUUUCUGUUGAGGAAUGUGAUGCGGGUCAGCCCAGACCAGGGUCUACAGUUCUCUCAGAUGCUGGUGGCAGAUGAGGAGCCCCUGGCCAACAUCAACCAGAUAGUGGAUGUGUUCAUGGAGGGAAGUCUGAUCCAGCAGUGUACCUCCUUCCUAUUGGACGCUCUGAAGAACAAUCAGCCAGCCGAGGGACACCUACAGACACGCCUACUGGAGAUGAACCUCAUCCACGCCCCCCAGGUCGCCGACGCGAUCCUUGGCAACCAGAUGUUUAGUCACUAUGACCGUGCCCACAUCGCCCAGCUGUGUGAGAAGGCUGGACUGCAACAGAGGGCUCUAGAGCACUACACUGACCUGUUCGACAUCAAACGGGCUGUCGUACACACACACCUGCUCAACCCUGAGUGGCUGGUGAACUUCUUUGGCGCCCUGUCAGUAGAGGACUCAGUAGAGUGUCUUCGGGCCAUGUUAUCAGCCAACAUCAGACAGAACCUUCAGCUGUGUGUCCAGGUGGCAUCUAAAUACCACGAGCAGCUGGGAACAAACACCCUGGUGGAGCUCUUUGAGUCCUUCAAGAGCUACGAGGGUCUGUUCUACUUCCUGGGCUCCAUAGUGAACUUCAGUCAGGACCCUGACGUCCAUUUUAAAUACAUCCAGGCGGCCUGCAAGACAGGGCAGAUCAAGGAAGUGGAGCGCAUCUGUAGAGAGAGCAACUGUUACGACCCGGACAGGGUCAAGAACUUCCUCAAGGAGGCUAAAUUGACAGACCAGCUGCCGUUGAUCAUAGUGUGUGACCGCUUUGACUUUGUCCAUGACCUGGUGCUCUAUCUCUACCGCAACACUCUGCAGAAGUACAUAGAGAUCUACGUUCAGAAGGUGAACCCCAGCCGUCUGCCUGUGGUGAUAGGAGGUCUGUUGGAUGUAGACUGUGCUGAAGACGUCAUUAAGAACCUGAUCAUGGUGGUGAGAGGACAGUUCUCCACUGAUGAGCUGGUGGCAGAGGUGGAGAAGAGGAACAGACUGAAGCUGUUGUUGCCGUGGCUUGAGUCUCGUAUCCAUGAGGGCUGUGAAGAGCCGGCUACCCACAAUGCCUUGGCUAAGAUCUACAUUGACAGUAACAACACCCCGGAGCGCUUCUUGAAGGAGAACACCUUCUACGACAGUGCUGUAGUGGGGAAGUAUUGUGAGAAGAGAGACCCCCACCUCGCCUGUGUCGCCUAUGAGAGGGGCCAGUGUGACCUGGACCUUAUCAAGGUGUGCAAUGAGAACUCCCUGUUCAAGAGUGAGGCUCGCUACCUGGUCCGACGGAAAGACCCAGAACUAUGGGCCAACGUUCUUGAGGAGAACAACCCUUAUAGACGCCAACUCAUAGACCAGGUGGUGCAGACCGCGCUGUCAGAGACCCAGGACCCAGAGGAGGUGUCUGUGACUGUCAAGGCCUUCAUGACAGCUGACCUGCCCAAUGAGCUCAUCGAACUACUGGAGAAGAUUGUACUGGACAACUCAGUCUUCAGCGAGCACCGAAACCUCCAGAACCUGUUGAUCCUGACGGCCAUCAAGGCAGACCGGACGCGUGUGAUGGAGUACGUCAACCGCCUGGACAACUACGACGCCCCCGACAUCGCUAACAUCGCCAUCAGCAACGAGCUCUUCGAGGAGGCUUUCGCCAUAUUCAAGAAGUUUGACGUCAACACCUCCGCCAUUCAGGUCCUGAUCGAGCAUAUCAGUAACCUGGACAGAGCCUAUGAGUUUGCAGAGCGUUGUAAUGAGGCCGCGGUAUGGAGUCAACUGGCCAGAGCCCAGCUCCAGAGAGACCUGGUUAAAGAGGCCAUCGAUUCCUACAUCAAAGCUGACGACCCGUCAGCCUACAUGGAGGUGGUCAGCGCUGCCAGCAAGAACAAUAACUGGGAGGACCUGGUGAAGUUCCUUCAGAUGGCUCGGAAGAAGGCCAGAGAGUCGUAUGUAGAGACAGAGCUCAUCUUUGCUCUGGCUAAAACUGGCAGACUGGCCGAACUAGAGGAAUUUGUCAGCGGCCCUAACAAUGCCCAUAUACAACAGGUGGGAGAUAGGUGUUAUGAAGAAGGGAUGUACGAUGCUGCCAAGCUGCUGUACAAUAACGUGUCCAACUUUGCCCGCCUGGCAUCCACGCUGGUACACCUAGGAGAGUACCAAGCUGCUGUGGACAGCGCCAGGAAAGCCAACAGCACACGCACCUGGAAGGAGGUGUGUUGUGCGUGUGUGGAUGGGGAAGAGUUUCGAUUGGCUCAGAUCUGUGGUCUACACAUUGUUAUCCACGCUGAUGAACUGGAGGAGCUCAUCAGCUACUACCAGGACCGGGGUUACUACGAGGAGCUGAUAGGCCUGUUGGAGGCCGCGUUGGGUUUGGAGCGCGCUCAUAUGGGCAUGUUCACAGAGCUGGCCAUCCUCUACUCCAAAUUUAAACCCCAGAAGAUGAGAGAACACCUGGAACUCUUCUGGUCCCGCGUCAACAUCCCUAAGGUGCUGCGAGCGGCGGAGCAGUCCCAUCUGUGGGCGGAGUUAGUGUUUCUGUAUGAUAAAUAUGAGGAAUAUGACAACGCUGUCCUCACGAUGAUGUCACACCCUACGGACGCUUGGAAGGAGGUGCAGUUCAAGGACAUCAUUGCCAAGGUGGCCAAUGUGGAGCUGUACUACAAAUCCCUUUCCUUUUACCUGGACAACAAACCUCUGCUGAUGAAUGACCUUCUGACCAUACUGUCACCACGGUUAGACCACAGCCGCACGGUCAGCUACUUCACCAAGGUUAACCAGUCGAAGUUGGUAAAGCCUUACCUGAGGUCAGUUCAGAGUCAUAACAACAAGGGAGUCAACGAGGCCCUCAAUAACCUGCUGACAGAAGAGGAGGACUACCAGGGUCUGAGGGCGUCUAUCGAUGCAUAUGAUAACUUUGACACCAUUGGUUUGGCCCAGAGACUGGAGAAGCAUGAGCUGAUUGAGUUCAGACGCAUCGCAGCAUACCUCUACAAAGGCAACAACCGCUGGAGACAGAGCGUGGAACUCUGCAAGAAGGACAAAUUAUACAAGGAUGCAAUGCUGUACGCUGCUGAGUCAAAGGAUGCUGAGCUGGCUGAGACCCUGUUGCAGUGGUUCCUGGAGGAGGGCAGGAAGGAGUGUUUCGCUGCCUGUCUGUUUGCCUCCUACGACCUGUUGCACCCUGACGUGGUGCUGGAGCUGGCCUGGAGACACAACAUCAUGGACUUUGCCAUGCCAUACUUCAUCCAAGUCAUGAGGGAGUACCUCACCAAGGUGGACAAACUGGAGGAGUCAGAAAGCCAAAGGAAGACUGAGGAAGAAGUCACAGAACCCACCCCCAUAGUUUUCGGUCAGCAGCUGAUGUUGACGGCAGGCUCGGCUCCAGUGGCUCCCCAGCCCGGAUACCCAGGAGGCUACGGAUACGCUGCCCCAGGCUACUCCCCCCAGCCUCCCUACAACAUGUAGACCACCUCUACCCCACCCAGCCCCCCUACAACAUGUAGACCACCUCUACCCCACCCAGCCUCCCUACAGCUACAACAUGUAGACCACCUCUACCCCACCCAGCCCCCCUACAACAUGUAGACCACCUCUACCCCACCCAGCCUCCCUACAACAUGUAGACCACCUCUACCCCACCCAGCCCCCCUACAACAUGUAGACCACCUCUACCCCACCCAGCCCCCCUACAACAUGUAGACCACCUCUACCCCACCCAGCCCCCCUACAACAUGUAGACCACCUCUACCCCACCCAGCCCCCCUACAACAUGUAGACCACCUCUACCCCACCCAGCCCCCCUACAACAUGUAGACCACCUCUACCCCACCCAGCCCCCCUACAACAUGUAGACCACCUCUACCCCACCCAGCCCCCCUACAACAUGUAGACCACCUCUACCCCACCCAGCCCCCCUACAACAUGUAGACCACCUCUACCCCACCCAGCCCCCCUACAACAUGUAGACCACCUCUACCCCACCCAGCCCCCCUACAACAUGUAGACCACCUCUACCCCACCCAGCCCCCCUACAACAUGUAGACCACCUCUACCCCACCCAGCCCCCCUACAACAUGUAGACCACCUCUACCCCACCCAGCCUCCCUACAACAUGUAGACCACCUCUACCCCACCCAGCCUCCCUACAGCUACAACAUGUAGACCACCUCUACCCCACCCAGCCUCCCUACAGCUACAACAUGUAGACCACCUCUACCCCACCCAGCCCACCGCUACCCCACCCAGCCCCCCUACAACAUGUAGACCACCUCUACCCCAUCCAGCCCCCCUGGGCUACAGUAAGGCUGCGUCCCAAAUGACACCCUAUUCCCAGUAUAGUGAACUACUUUUGACCAGGGUCCAUAUGACUCUGGUCUAAAGUAGUGCAGUAUAUAUAGGCUAUAUGGUGUCGAUUGGGAUGCAGAUCAUGUAGACCUUAAGGUCCCAAUAAUUCUACCUGGAGCUUCUAACACGCCCCCCUCGGCCAACCUCAGGCCCCGACCUGAACCACACUUACCCUGCACUGGGAUACAGAUACAGCUUGCUUAUGGAUUCUAUAUGUAUUCCCUGCCUUGACACCCCUGAUACUCCUAAUCUCACUACUCUGAGACACACCUAGCCCACCUAUGGACACUACUAUCCCCCACACCCAAAUCUCUCAACUGAAAAGACCUCCACUUUGCUCCCACCUCCUCUCGCUCCUCACCUCUUACUCCCACUUCCUCUUGCUCCCCCUCUCCCUCCAAUGGAAUACAGCAAGACUAAGUGACCCCUCUACUUAGGCUGAACCGACCAGCCCACCCGCCAUUCACCACGCACCGCAUGACAACAGCGCUUAGCUCCUAGAGAAAAUAACUAAUAAGACGUCGCUAAUGUACAGUACACCUCUCUGUCCAGGUAUUAUAUUACUGUUCUAUAGACUGUAUCAACUGUGUCAACCAUAGAACAGCUUCUUUUUUUUUUAUCCUAAUGUUUUUCUAGAGAUUAUAAUACAGCACUGAUGGUACAGAGACUUUGUUACUGAGGAGCCAGAGAGGGAGCGGGUGAAGGGGGAGCAGCACCGAGUGCCCCCACCCUCUCCUAAGCACUGCUAGGCCUUAUACAGGAGGAGGUUUCAAAUUUGAGUCAUUGUUCAUGUUUGUUUCAAGACUGUUUCUGUGCAAUAUAGAUCUUAACAGGUACCAUGUGUUGGAGAUACAGUACUAUAUGGACUAGGAAUACUAGUUACUUGGGUUAUGGUGUACUGUCUGUGUGUAGUUUGUCAAGCAUGUAGGGAUCUGUUGACAACACCAAGACUGGGAAGGUUUGCGCUGUUCCUUCUCUUCUCUAGAGUCGUAUUAUCUGAUAAUAACCAAGUCAAGAUGGACGUUGGGUCUCUCCACUACACUGUGAUGUACGGUACAGGAUCCCACAGCUCUGGUUGUUGAUGAUGUGAAACAUAACUGCGAUAUGCUGAUGUCUGUGCAUGUGCUGCCAAACAUAUAAUGCUGUAACAAUGCAACCAGGAGCACAAUUUCCAUGUUACACAUAUACCAAGUAUUACCUAUGUUGUGUUCAAAACUAAACAAAUGUAUUUUGAAGCCUUUUACUGUCUCACCAUUGACAACUAACAGAAUGGUGAAGAAACUCAAAUGUUACACAGAGAAAAACAUACUAGAGGAAUAGAACUCGUAUGUAAUCCCUGUACCAGUGGUUCAGAGUUAACAAUUCAUGUACUGAAAAAAACAGUGUAUAAUUUAAGAUAUGUUGCGAUACUUAAAUAAUCAAAUAAGUCCAUUAUGGAAUAAAAUAGUGUAUUGUCUAUAGUGCAUUGUUGUAGUCUUAAGCAUUAUUAUGAUACUUUUUUUCAAAGAAAAUGACAAAAUACAAAAAGAGCAGAAUACAAACAUAAACUAUUCAGCAUGAUUGCUUGCAGCAGCCAUCAUCCUGGGGUUCGUUUUCUUCCUGUUCAAGUAGAACCUGUCUGAUAAAUGUUCUGGAAAACUAUCGCUAGGGUUUAUGGGUAAAUCUGGCCUCGUGCAUCCGGACAGACGGCCAUGUCCACUGUUGUCCAUUGGACCCUGAGCUGUGCCGCGACAUUGUAAAAACGUUGGAUUGGGGUUUUGUAGGAAAACUAAAUCUAAACUGUGUACAAGCACUACCGUAUCUGCACAAGUCAUGGUCUCUGAAGGAUAAUAAAGUUUAC